AGGAGCGAGGGACAGCCAGCCAUUUUUCCUUCAUCUUGUAGGACAUUAUUAGGGCUUUUGUUUGGAAACGGAAAUCUUUUUCAGCAUAAAUUCUUUUUACUGUUUCAACCUAAGCGAGUGCCCGCGUCAAACUUUGAAACGCAACACUUAUGGAUUCCUAGUAAAGUUAGAGUUGACUGUUGCAAUAAAUUCGUCAAACUUGUUUUAUUGACAUUAUCCGAAAUGGCUUGCCUCAACAACCUCAAACUGGAGAUUCGAACCCUCGAAUCAGUCUUUACCAAGACCCAUGAGCGAUUUCAAGUCGUUUCGGCCAGCGUUGAUGAAUUAACAUGUAGAUUCAUAGGAAAAUACGGGAAGAAAUCUGAUAUCCAUGCCAACAUCACAGAAACAUACCCUUCAACUCCUCCAGUUUGGUUUGCUGAUGUGGAAGAUCCUCUGAUAACCAAUGCUGUUCAAAUUCUGAGCAACACGUCGGGUAGUGAAAAUCACAUUUUAGAACAAGUCAGGAUUUUGGUUCAAGAAUUGUGUAGGCUUCAUGACCUUCCAGAGCCUCCUGAUCUUGAAUUACUGACCUUGACACAUGCAGUUCCAUUCUUUCACAACAAUACCACAUCUCCUUCUACAUUGCGAGCAUUAUCAUCUUCAUCAAGCAAUGAUGGUGGGGGAUAUGCAUCAAGUUCAGGUAGAGGAUCCUCAGGAUCUGGCUCAGCAUGUUCCUCAUCUCCUGCUAGAGAGGAGGAAGUAGAUAGUGUGCAGCAGAAUGCUGAAGAUGAAGAAGAUGAAGAAGAAGAAAUGGAAGAGAAUGACGAAGAUGAAGAUUUGCACAUGGAGUUGGAAGAAGAUGAAGGGACCAGUAAUGCUGCUGGUAAAAAGAAAGACGAGGAUAUGGAUUCGCAACAUUUCGCCACAUUAGAACGAUUGCGUCAAACUCAGAGGCAAGACUAUCUAAGGGGUGCCGUUUCAGGUUCCGUACAGGCUACUGACCGCCUAAUGAAAGAACUGAGAGACAUAUAUCGUUCUGACAGCUCCAAAAAAGGAGUAUACAGUGUCGAACUAGUUAAUGACAGUCUGUAUGAAUGGAACGUACGAUUGCUUUCGGUGGAUCCAGACUCACCCCUACACAGUGACUUACAGUUGCUGAAAGACAAAGAUGGAAGAGAUCAUAUCCUACUUAAUUUAGUUUUCAAGGAAUCAUUUCCCUUCGAACCUCCAUUUGUUCGUGUGGUACAUCCUGUAAUCCAAGGAGGAUACGUUUUGGUGGGCGGCGCUAUUUGCAUGGAGUUGCUGACACGUCAGGGCUGGAGCUCUGCCUACACAAUGGAAGCCUUGAUUUUACAAAUUGCCGCUACACUGGUCAAAGGCAAGGCUCGCAUCCAGUUCAGCGCCACAAAAGGCCAGUAUAGUCUGGCUCGCGCUCAGCAGUCUUUUAAAUCGUUGGUCCAAAUCCACGAGAAGAAUGGAUGGUUCACACCACCCAAAGAAGAUGGAUAAUUUAAGAGAUUUCCUUGGUCCAUUCUCUUCAUCUCCUUGGUGACUCCCCUUUUCUAUUCUUUAAGUUGCGACAAAAUUUUCAUUUGGGGGUCUGAAAAGGAGAUGACGUUUUGUACAGCGUCGAAAAUUUUGAUGAAUGGAUCACCAUGAUGCAUUUCCCCUUUUCACCCAACUGUGUGUGUGUGUGUGAAUGCGUGCGAGUAUGUAUGUGUGUGUAAAGACGCCAUUCCUUCCAUAUUUAGCCUAGGAAUUUCGAAUCAUUCAUUCGGCGUAUUUUGUAUAAAAAAAAAGAAGAAAAAAAGGGAGUUUGGAAUACUGGAACCGAUAAAAUCGAUUACGGGUUGGAGUCUAAAGGUAACGAGCUUUUUGUUUUCCUCCUCCCCUCCCGUUUUCUUAUUUUGGGGGCAAGUCUUUUUUCUAAUGUGAAUCAUUUCCAUUUGCCCACCCUCGUUUUGCGUGCUCUACCAUUUCCGACCAUGGCGUUGAUCUGGGUAGUUGAGGAUUCGCUUGUUUCUUUGUUGAAUCCACACUACGCGAUGUGUGACGAAAACUGGGAUUUCUUUGGCCAAUUCCUCAGCCAUUGGGAGAGGUACGGAUUGGGGUGGGCAAAAAUUGGUUUAAAAAGCCUUAACUGCGAGCAUUGGCUGACAGGUGUACGACGAUCAGUGAAGGGAACAACGGCAUAUUUCCUAUUUUUUUUUUUUUUUUCUUCUUUUUUUUUGUUUUCUUUUUUUCUCCCUUUUUUUCUUUUAUUGACAUCAGUAAUCCAUUUCCCAACUAUUCGGCGAAGGUUUGACGGCGUUAUUCAGUUUCGUUUAGUUUGCCGAUUUCUGUUUUUCCACUCUUCUUUUUCAACUGAUUUAUAUCAGGCAUUUUUCUUACUUCUCAAAUUUGAUUUCUCGUAAUAACUGAGCGUGCCGUUUCUGAUCGAUAUUUUCUUUAGUCUUCACGUGUGUGUUUGCUUUUUCAUCGAUGAAAAGUAUUCGGAAUAAACGCAGCACUUGGAAACGGA